AGUCCUGCCUCCGGCGCUGCUCUGGUAGCCAUGGCUCGCUUCGUGGCCUUGGUCCUGCUCGGACUGCUCUCCCUGUCUGGCCUGGAGGCCGUCGAGCGUACUCCAAAGAUUCAGGUUUACUCACGUCACCCAGCAGAAAAUGGAAAGCCAAACUUCCUGAACUGCUAUGUGUCUGGGUUCCAUCCACCGGAGAUUGAAAUUGAUUUGCUGAAGAAUGGGGAGAAGAUGAAGGUGGAGCGGUCAGACCUGUCGUUCAGCAAGGACUGGUCUUUCUAUCUUCUGGUCCACACUGAAUUUACUCCCAAUGGCGUGGAUGACUAUAGCUGCCGUGUAGUCCACUCUACUCUCAAAGAGCCCAAGAUAGUUAAGUGGGAUCGAGACCUCUAACCAGCAUCCUGGAGGUUUGAAGAUGCCUCAUUUGGAUUGGAUUAAUUCCAGAUUAUGCUUUCUUUCUUUUUAAUACUUUUAUGCUUUAUGCACAUAAAUCAGGAAGUUAUGUUGGUGUUAAGGCAAAUUUUACUUUGUUUAUAGUUGUACUUUGAGCGCUAUGCCUCCUUGUUUGACCUGUGGCAGGUAGCUAUAGGGAGACCCUGGCAGCUUAGAGGUGGGCAGGAAAGAAUACCUAUGUUAAAAAUCAACAUCUUGGCCAAAUCUGAACUCCUCAGUCUCUUGUGUACACAAAACUGGAUAAUAAGAUAGUUAUGCAUGUUUAGAGUUAAUCUUCAAUUUGCAUACUUUGCUUAGAAUUUGGGGAAAAAUUUUUGAAGGAUCAUUGUCAGAAUUAUUGGAAAUUUGUUAUAAUGGAUGAUACAUUUUGUCAUAUAAAAUUCAUAUUUACCUCUUACAUCUGUUAAAAAAAAACAUGGUGGAGCACAUUUUGAUUUUUCUGUUUCACUAAUUAAAACAAUGGUAAAACCUGA